AUGGAGUUAAGUAUAGCUUCAAGCGGGAUGCACGGACCAUCAAUUCAAGAAUCUUCAAAAGCAAAAAGAUACGAAAGAUAUGAUGCCGCAAAGAAGGGGAACAACGCCCCUAUCAAACCUUUUGGAAAAGAAGCCUUGGCCAUAAAAGCGACGACCAAAGCACUAGUGAAGAUCCAAAAGGAAACCUCAUUGAUCUUCCAAAUUCAAAAAGACCGGAGGAAGCUGGAAAGGUCUCUCGAAGUUGACAUAAAAGAUGAAGAAUCAUAUUGCCUCACUACCGAGAAAGAUGACAAGGCGAUCAGAGAGAAAUCGAGUGAAGAAUGUGCCACGAUAACUUUCACUGAUGAAGAUUUGAUCCGGAUAUUCUUAGACGGAGGAGCCACAGUCAACGUCCUUCCUCUAUACACAUUGCAAAAAUUGGGAAUACCAGUAGAUCAAUUGUUUGAGAGUCGUAUGACAAUACAUGGAUACAAUCAAGAGGGUCAAAGAACACUUGGCACCAUAAGAUUGAGACUGUUAAUCGAUGAAAUGGAAACUAACCCUUUGUUCUACGUCAUAGAUGCAAAGACAUCUUUCAACGUUCUUUUGGGAAGACCAUGGAUACAUGAGAAUGGUGUAGUUCCAUCAACGUGGCACCAAUGCUUCAAAUACACUCAAAAUGGAGUGACAAAGAAAGUUCUCAGAGACACAAAGCCAUAUACAGAAGUCGAGUCGCACUUUUCGGACGCCAAAUAUUUCUCUACAGAAGCAAAAGAAUCCAAGGUACAUGAAGAUGUCAAAGCGCCACAACUUAAAUUGGGGGCAAAGUCAAGAGAUAAAGAAAAAACACCCGCCUCAGGUUCUGCAGACUUAUUAAUUGAGCCUCUGAAAGAUUUGACUCUUCCAAAGACCCCACUCAACCCAAUCUCCCCCUCACAAACAAGGAACGGAAAAGAAGAAAAAAUAGAGGCUAUGCGGUUGCAAGAGGACAAAAGCUUUGGCCCAAAAGCCUACAAACUUUUCACAAAAGCUGGAUAUAAUCCAAAUGAGGAGUCACUACUGGGAAAGUUACCACCACAGACAACCCAAGGUUCGAGGGCUGGUCUUGGAUACAUGCCACAAGCUCCCGUACGCAUCGCUAUUAAAAGGGCCACAAACUAUCAUAUCACCGAAAGCGAGAGCUUGUCUUUCAAUUCACCUAAAAAAGGUAAGAAUACAAGAGUAUCGGUCUUCAGGAGGCUAAAACCUUCUCUCUUCACAAGGUUAGGACUAAAGAUCAAUAAAGAGAAAAACAAGAUGAAUUUCACAUCAACAAAAUAUGUGGAGAUGGAUGAAGAAAUCAAAAGCCGCUUUCCAUCCCACAUGACACGUCAAACAAAAAUGACGAUACAUUGCGGUAAAGUUUUAAAGGCUAAAUGGCAAACCAUUGUCUUCACCAAACCCAAAGAAGAUAAUGAAGAAAGUGUUGCAUCAUCCUGCUACAUCACUGAAAGGGGUGAAGAGACAAUGAUUGAAGAAGAUGCAGGAAAUGCACCCGCCGCGCUUGAAAAAGGGGUCAAAGCUGCAGUGGAUGAGUUAGAAGAAAUCAACUUGGGAAUUGAAGAUCACCCAAGACCCGUCUAUGUCAGCAAAGAGCUGGAUGUCUUCGCUUGGUCAUAUAAAGAAAUGCCCAGUUUAGACCCGAAAGUUGCGGUCCACCAUCUAGGUGUGAGGAAGGGAGCUCGCUCUAUGAAGCAAGCGCAACGAAGAUUCCGUCCUGAACUCAUCCCUCAAAUUGAAAAUGAAGUCAAUAAACUCAUUGAAGUGGGAUUCAUCCAUGAAGUCAAAUACCCCCAAUGGAUUUCUAACAUCGUGUCUGUAAAGAAGAAAAAUGGACAAAUCCGAGUUUGUGUGGAUUUCCGGGACCUAAAUAAAGUAUGCCCAAAAGAUGAUUUUCUUUUACCCAUAACUGAAUUGAUGAUUGAUGCAACGACAGCACAUGAAGCGCUUUCUUUCAUGGAUGGAUCAUCUAGAUAUAACCAAAUUCGCAUGGCACAUGAAGACGAAGAGUUAACCGCCUUUCGUACACCGAAAGGUAACUACUGUUAA